AUGGCUGAGAAGUUUGAUCCUGUGAUUUUACCUGUCUCAAACAAGCCAGAGCCAAAUCUUACAACUGCCCCAUGGGAGCAGUAUCCAACAGUUCCUUCCGACGUGGGUAUAGUCACAAGUUCCCAAUCGCAGCUCAAAGACCUUCUUGGCUUGUUCUGUAUGGUGACACUGAAUCUCAUCGCUUUGUUAGCCAACAUCGGAGUGAUGGUAGCCAUUGCCCGUGCGCCGCACCUGAAGAGGUUCGCUUUUGUGUGUCACCUUUGCGCUGUGGAUCUGCUGUGCGCCGUUCUCCUCAUGCCACUGGGAAUCAUAUCUAGCUCACCCUUUUUUGGCACUGUGGUGUUCACUGUUCUGGAGUGUCAGGUUUACCUCUUCCUUAAUGUAUUCCUCAUCUGUUUAUCCAUUCUCACGAUCACAGCCAUCAGUGUAGAACGCUACUUUUACAUUGUGCACCCAAUGCGGUAUGAGGUCAAGAUGACCAUUAAUUUAGCAAUCGGUGUCAUGCUCCUUAUCUGGAUCAAGUCAGUUCUAUUGGCUCUGUUCACUCUGUUUGGAUGGCCAGCAUAUGGAAACCAAAGCUCAAUUGCAGCAGCCCACUGCUCUCUCCAUGCAAGUCACAGUCGCCUUAGAGGUGUAUUUGCAGUGCUCUAUAGUGUUCUAUGUUUCCUGGUCCCUUCCGUGAUUAUAUUUACUGUUUAUUGCGCCGUGUACAAGGUUGCUCGUUCGGCUGCCUUGCAACAAGUCCCUGCUGUUUCAACAUGGGCCAGCGCAAUCCCGGAUAAGAAUCGGUCUGGCUCUAUCAGCAGCCAGACCACCAUGAUCAAUACAAACCGCUCUGUGCCCCAAAGACUUUCCCCAGAGAGGGCAUUUAGUGGGGGCAAGGCAGCCCUCACCUUGGUAUUCAUUGUGGGUCAGUUCUUGAUUUGCUGGCUGCCCUAUUUUGUCUUUCACCUGCAAAUGUCCCUGACUGGCUCAAUGCACAGCCCAGGAGACUUGGAAGAGGCUGUCAACUGGCUCGCCUUCUCCUCAUUCGCAGUCAACCCGUUCUUCUAUGGCUUGCUAAAUAGGCAGAUAAGAGAGGAACUUGUCAAGUUCCGCCGUUGCUGCCUGACACAGGCAGUGGAUUUUGCCAUCUCUAGCCAUGAGGGCUCUCUGCAGGAGAACUUCCUCCAGUUUAUCCAGAGAACAAGCAGCACAGCUGAAACCCGCUCCAGCUGUGUCAACACCAGUCCCAGAAAUACUAUGGACAAAAAGGUUAAAAUCCCUGGACAACCAUCAGAUCACACUUAG